UUUGGCGACUGAUAGAGUGAACAACAAGUCAAUUGCAGCAAUAAUGAAAUCAACUUAUUUGGGACGGGCCAUCUUCCCUUUUCCACUCGAUGCCACCAUCGUCCCAGCUCGUAAAACCCUAACCAAAACCCCAAGAACAGUUCAUUCUCUCUGCUACUGCUACGCAACCAUGUCAGACCACACUGACCCAUCCAAACCAACUUCUCAAAAUGUCCUCCAGAACCCUCAGAAUUACCCAGUGCCACUCUCCCCUCCGCUGCCUUUUAUCUCAAAGGACCUAGAGCUGAGUAGAGCCAUGUCCGCCUCUUCAAAAUCUAGCCUUUAUUCCGCAUCAAGAAGGGACUUUAUAUAUGAAGAUGAGUGGCUUAUUGCCGUCAACAAGCCUCAGGGAGUGUACUGUGAGAGCGUGUUCGAGUCGGUACGGAAGGUUCUUUCUGACUCAAUUGAACCAGGGAUUGAAGCAAGCCCUCCUGAGCUCCAUCUUGCAAAUCGCCUUGAUCGUGACACUAGUGGACUAAUGCUUAUAACCAAGUCACACAAAGUAGCUGCCAAGCUUGUUAAGGCAUUUACGACACACACGGUUACGAAAACUUACAUUGCACUGUGCAUUGGAUCAGUUCCAAAGUGGGAAAAGAUCACCAUUAAAUCAGGUCAUGGUCGGUCGAAGUUUGGCGCCUGGCGAGUGUAUGCUGCAUCAGAUGUUGGUAGGAAACUUCCUGGUGGAUCAGUCGUGAGAGACAUGGAAACAUCAUUCGAAUUGUUGUCAGUAAAUGGGCAGGGAGUCUUUAAAGAGCCAUCUGAAUUUAGCCAAACUGAAAGUAAUGUUGUCGUAGUUGAAGAGAGAGCUGUAAUCGAUACAGAGGGAAAGAAGGAUGAAAUUUUGGUAAGAGCUAGUCCGAAAAGUGGAAGAUCACACCAAAUCCGCUUGCAUUGCCAGUACCUUGGAAUUUCCAUAAGAGGAGAUGUCAAAUAUGAGGGUUUGCAUGAGUGGAGAGGGAGAACUUAUGAUGGCCAUGAACUUCAUGCAGAGAGUCUGUCGUUUGAGCACCCUAUUACUGGUCUUCCACUUGUGUUUAAAGCACCUCUGCCUUCAUGGGCCAGUGAGGCUUGGCAGCAGUAAUGAUCAAAUUUUUUAGACACUAACAUAUCUUCAAAAGCAUGGCAGGUUUCAAUGAAUUGGAGCAUCACUUUAUGAACUAUGAGGUAAAUUCACUUAGGUGGAGAUUUUUUUUCUUCAUUCCAAUAGCUAGAAGGUAAGUCUUCCUCUGCAAGAUGCACCAUUUCAUGCUGUUUGCUUAUUUUCCUGGAAAAUAUGUGGGAGAAAACCAACAAGUAGAUAUGGCAAUCUUGCUCAACAUUAUCUCCAUUUGUUCAGCGUAUUCAGAAAGUAAGAUUCCUUUACUUAUUCACUCGAAACUAACCUUUUUGGUUAUAUAUUUCUAUGAGAAUUAUAGGGAUUGAUAGAGAGCAGGCAAGGCACGAUGAACAACAGAGUCAUUUAGAUAUACAUUCCCGAUAGUGACAUUGAAGCUUUUCUUAGCCCUUCUAACCUUUCUCACAUAGAACCAUUGUGACAAUCAGUGUAGACAUUGACCCUUUGAAUGAUUACAUGAAUUAAAGAAAGGUGUAGCAAUUGUGUAAUGAUACUCACAGUUUCUGUUGUCCUCGUGUAAUUUAUUUGUAUAUAAGCUUAGUACUUUCUAUCUGGCUUAAAUUUACAUUUAUAAGUUGGAGUUGUUUCCCAAGAAAACUUCUGUCCUCGUGUUAUUUUUACUGAUAAUAAUUCAAAUA